GGACGUACGAUGCAGCCGCAAACUUUAAGGGGGGAGACUCGGCACAGCGGCCACCAACAAGGGUCAACUGUGAGGAAACAUGUAGGAUCUCAAAGACCCCACACUCAGACCCUCAUGACCACAGAGUAUGAGGAAAGGUUUUCUCUCCCAAACUCCUACAAGAAGCUGGUCACAACCACAAAACAAACAAACCCAAACCAUCCUUUGAAGGGGACUGCUGCAGAUGUGUCAACCUUUAGAUCAUUUUAUUUGGCCAAAAAAUGGAUACCGACCAAACCCAAGCUCCCACAGGCGACAGUAACAACAACCACAAAAGAUCAGCAGAUAACUGUAAACGCUGCAAACAACUCUACAUGGUCAUCCGAGGUACAGGACUACACAUCCACGUACCGAAAUGACUACAGAGUGUGGAAAAUCAGCAAGCGUCAGCCGUUCAGACUCACUGACAACCUGACAGUCAGAACACCUGCAGCAUCCCUGAAGUCAGAGGAAGCCCGUGACGCAAAAAAAUUCAAUGAUGCCGGUCAAUUUUCUAAGAAAUGUAAGUCCUGGUCGACUGACAAGAACUCCAGCCAAGGCAAAGUCAAAGAGACGAGCCUAUCAGAAGAAGGGAGAUUCCUGUCAACAACAAUGGCCGACUACAUUGUACAUCAGUGUCAAUGCAGGAAACCCAUCCGACCCAGCAAAACCCAAAACUUUGUUAAAAGCCAAGAGCCCAUGCAAAAAACAACCACCACAAGGGAGGACUUUAAAUCAUGGAAAAUACAAAGACGAGCACCGAUCCCCCCUAAACAUGAGCUGACCGUAAAAUCUGCCACACUACCUGACGGCUACGCUACAAACCAAAAGCCUUCAGACCUUCAACCUCAGCUGAGAGAGUCUGCUUCAACCAGUGUCACCCAGAGACCCGCUGAUGAGGAAUUCAUGUCCAGCUUUGAAGAAAUCUCCCACAAGAAUGGGGAAACCAGGAGGUCAUGGACCACUUCCUUGAAAAGAGGAGUGACUUGGGCUGAUGAUGGCUGUGAGGAGCCCUCUGAGACUUACCGCAUGCUGCAUGGUUUCAAGCCAAACUUAGCGUUUCUUUGA